UGCUACACCCGUGAGUGAAGUUCUUGUGGGGUGGGUUUGUUGCUAUGUUGUGAGAGAAUAUAAUUUUAUGUGUUAAGAUAGUGUUAGAGUAGCGCUUUAGACACAUUAUUCAAGUAUUUGAAUUCUUCCGGGUAUUGAGAUCCUGUAUUGUAUUAUAUCCGCAAGAAGUCAGGUGUUAAUUUGCAGCGUAUACACCAUCAAUCAGUCUUAUAUUCUUUAAACAGCCUUCUUUUAACUUUUUUUAUCUCUUUCAUUGUCGGAAGCACAAGUAAGUAAUUAGGAAAUGGUCAUGGAAGCCCCCCCAAGUCCCCAAUGUGUAGGUCGGGAGUUUGUGAGACAGUACUACACUUUACUGAAUCAAGCACCAGCACAUCUUCACAGAUUUUACAACAAUAAUUCAUCAUUUGUUCAUGGUGGUCUGGACGCCCCAAACCGUGAGACGAAGCCUGUCGUCGGUCAGAAACAAAUUCAUCAGAAGAUUCAACAGCUGAAUUUUCGAGAUUGCCACGCCAAGAUCAGCCAAGUUGAUUCACAGGCCACCUUGGGUGAUGGGGUUGUAGUGCAGGUUACAGGAGAAUUAUCAAAUAGUGGACAACCCAUGCGUCGGUUUACCCAAACAUUUGUACUGGCUGCUCAGUCUCCGAAGAAAUACUACGUUCAUAAUGACAUCUUUCGUUACCAGGACAUGAUUUUCAGUGAUGAAGAAGUUGAACAAGAUUCUGGACGCUCUGAAGCCGAAGAAGAUGCAGAACCAGAGCAUUCCCCAACUGCUGAUGCCAUUCCUCCUAGCCAACAGCUGGCCCCGCAGCAAACAAUGGCGUACUACAAUAAUGCCAACACGCCCAUUAACAACACUGCUGCGGUAGCAAGUGGCAUGGUGACUCAACAACCCUCACAACCACAGCCUCAACAACAACAGCAACCACCUCAGCUGACUGCUGCUGCUCUAACCCAACAUCAGCAGAUGGCACCACCACCUUCAGUGGUACCUGCUCCACUUGUGGCAACUGCCAUUGUCAAUGGUACAGUUCAUCCUGAAGAAGUAAUUUCGGCUCCAAUUCCUAUUGCUGUGAUGCCAUCGCCUGUGACUGUUGCUCCCAGCAUUCCACAGCAGGUAGCGAUUAUUCCAACGCAGACUCCUAUACCCAACCUGCAGCCUAUUCCUCAGGCACAGAUACCGAUGCAGCAAGCGACUGCACCGGGUAUUGUCACUUCGCCAGGACUUCCCGCUGUGAUCAAGUCUGAAGAAGAGGAAGUGGAGCAGGAUAAUGUUGCUGAGGAUGACAAUGAAGAGGAACAAGAGGGAAAUGAUGAUCAUGAUGUUGCAGGUGAAGAAGAGGAGAAAACAGCCCAACAAGAAAUUGAGGAUACCCAUCAUCAUAGUGAAUCAGUUUUGAACGAGCCCAAAACUUACGCAACGUUGGUGAAGUCUGGUGGAACUGGAGUGGGGAUAGGAUCACUAAGCUCUACAUUGUCAACAAGCCCAAAUGCUCCUGCAAAACCUACAACGUCACCGCCUCCACUUGGGCCCCGUACCAGCAUCGAUGCAAGGGACUCUAUGCAUGUAUCUGGAGGGCCAGGGUCUAUGGGAUCAGGCCAACGAGGCUCCAGGGGCGGAACUAGAGGACCUAGCAUCCGAGGUAUGGUCAGGAAUGAGCGUGGUGGAUCUGGAAGGGGAAGUUUCAAUGAUGAUAAUGGAAGUAUUGGUGGAGAUGGCGACCGACGACGCAUGGGACCCAACAUGAUGCAACAGUACCCAGACAGCCAGCAGUUGUUCAUGGGAAACCUCCCACUUCAUGCUACCGAAGAUGAUUUGAAGGACUUGUUUGGCAAGUUUGGUCACAUCAUUGAUCUCCGUAUUCACAGCAAAUCGAAUAAUAAAGGUGUACCUGGAAACAGAGUUCCAAACUAUGGUUUCAUUACAUUUGAAGAUGCAAACACUGUUCAACAGGUUCUUAAUAGCAGGCCAUUCUACUUUCCACAAGAAAAUGGGCAGAAGCUGAAUGUGGAGGAGAAGAAGGCCCGCGGCCGUCAGUCAAUGGAUGGUGGCCGUAUGGGUUCCGGGGGCGAUGCUGUGAUGGGGCGUCCUUCUCCCAGUGGCCUGGGUGGGCCUCGUGCAGUUCCAGGAAUGAUGAGGGGAGGGACAGGUAUGGGCCACCACCGUGGAGGAGGCCGUGGAAGUUUUACCCGAGAAGGGCGUGGAGGAGGAAUGAACCGGGGUGCCUAUGCACGGCGUUAACAAACCCCCAGACCCCGCAUUGUUUUGAUAACUUUAGUCCCUACUGAGAAAUGUGUGUGUUUACAAAAAUGAAGCGCGCAAUUCCUCAGUUUAAACACGAAAUAAUAUACAUGUUCAUUAUUACCAAUGCAGGGAGUUGUCUUAUGAACAUUCUUAUUAAAAUCAUUCAUUAAUUGAAUAAUGAUUAUUUGCAAGUAAAAAGAUGUUUGAAAAUGAAAUUGCGCGCAUUUGCCAUUAUCACAAUCUUCAUAAUCCAGUAUAAUGCAACACAAGACUUGAAGAGAAACGGGUUUCCUUUAUACAUCUAUAAUCUCUUCCCCUUUAAAAUUAAGUUUGGGAUGCCAAGAAAUUGUGGGAAUGAGGUUUUCACUACUGUUAUCUGUUUGAACACUGUUCCGUUGCUUGAGUGUUUGAAAUCCCUUUCCACCAUUCUAAAUGUGGUUCCAGUCAUGGGAGAUUUGGAAUUAGUCUUAAAUUUAAAGGGGAACAGAAUAAUCACAAACUGGGAGGAAAGCCUUGUCCGUGAUUGUAGGAGGUGGUUGACGUGGAGAGGGAAAUAAUGCUAGCUUGCUAGCUGGACAGCAGAUUUCAAAUCACACAGUGCAUGAGAAUGUUUGAAUGUUGGUGCUGUCAAUAUUUUUUCUUCCUUUCUUUUCAUUAUUAUUAUUAUUAUAUAGGCAUGAAAAGAAUGUGGGGGAGGAGAUGUUUAGUUUUUCCUGUGUCUCAUGAUUAACAAGUGUAAUGAUUGACUUCUUAAACUGGAUUUCAAGCAGUGAACAUUUACAUGUGACGGGGGUAACAGAAAUCUCUCUCAACGCCUAACCAAAUCUUUAAAAGUAGCAUCACUUGAUGUUCAGAUAUCUUAACUUAUUAUUACUUUAUCUGCAGGGUUUUAGGUGGCUUUUUGUUUUCUUUGUUGUUGGAGUUGUGGAGAGAUUUUUUGUGAGUGACGUGUCAUGAUUCGUGGACAAGAAUUUGUGUGAAGUUGGAACUAAAAUGACUUUUUAAAGAUAAAAGAAAAAAAUGUGUUUUGUGCAAGGAGUAUUUGGACGGUAUAAGCAAUUCAGAGUGGAGUUUUUUUUCUUGCGAACCGAAACCAGUUCAGUGCUGCAGUUGUUAACUUGGUGAGUCUUGUAGUGUACAUUUUUGUUACUGUUGUUUUCCUCCAACUUGAGAAUUGGUUGUUUUUUGUGUGUUAUUCUUUUUAAAUCAUCUACAUAACAUCCCCCUCUGGCCAUCAUGCAAUCAGUAGUAUUCCCUGUGAUAACUUAAAAUAAUAAUAAUUAUAAUAAUAAAAUGCUUCCUUUUUUAAGUUAACUUGAUGUAUGUUCAUUUUUUUUAGAAGUUGAAUGUUACUAUUUGAAUAUGUAUCCAUUUUUUCUGGAAUUGCUCUUUAAGUGCCAGAACGUCAUUCCUUUAAGAGAUGAAGCUGACAGAAAGAACUGUUGUACAAUUUUCCACUAGUCAAUACAUAAAAAUAACUCGACAUUCGUACAGUAUUAAGAAAUAUUGUUUCAUUGCAAGGGAAAUUUAAUUACACAUUAUAAUGGGAAAGAAAGUGGUUGCAUAACAAACAAGCCAUGAGAUGAUUAUUA